GCUUGAAGGUAAAGUGGCACUAAUCACUGGUGGGGCGAGCGGCAUAGGAGAGUCCACUGUAAGACUCUUCUCAAAACAUGGAGCUAAAGUUGUGAUUGCAGAUGUGCAAGACGACUUGGCUGAAUCUAUUUGCAGAGACCUAAGCUCUUCGUCCACUUCAUUCGUCCAUUGCGACGUAACGAAAGAAGAAGACGUCGAAAAUGCUGUUAAAACAGCCACAAGCAAAUAUGGAAAGCUAGACAUCAUGUUCAACAAUGCAGGCAUAGCUGGUACAGCAAAAACCAACAUCCUUGACAAUGACAAGGCAGAAUUUGAGCAAGUGAUUGGGGUAAAUUUGGUUGGUGUGUUUUUGGGGAUCAAACAUGCGGCUCGUGUUAUGAUCUCAGCUGGCCAAGGAAGCAUAAUUAACACUGCCAGUGCUUGUUCCACCAUUGGGGGGUGCGCAUCACAUGCGUACACGAGUUCAAAGCAUGGAGUACUAGGGCUGGUGAGAAAUACGGCCAUAGAGCUUGGACAACACGGUAUUCGGGUGAAUUGUGUGUCGCCAUAUAUAGUUGCCACGCCGUUGGCGAAGGACUUCUUUAAGCUUGAUGAUGAUGGAGUUCAUGGUGUUUAUUCCAACCUUAAAGGAGAGGUUCUUAAGGCAGAAGAUAUUGCUGAAGCUGCUCUUUACUUGGGAAGUGAUGAGUCAAAGUAUGUUAGUGGACAUAAUCUUUUGGUAGAUGGAGGCUUCACUAAUGUGAACGCAAGGUUUUGCAUCUUUGAACAAGCUUGAGAAAAAUGUUCAAUGUAAUAAGUUGGCAAAAUAAAUAACGGAAUGCCUAAACGCAUAUGUUGUUUAGUUCCAACUGUAGAAUUUCAGACUUUUGCUCUGAUCUUGGUUCACUUUCUUCGAGAAUCCUCUUCUUGAUGUGGUAGAUGAUUUCUUGGAUUUCUCCAGUACAAGAGCCAUCUGUAAC